UGCACCGCGCCCCGCACUCCCAAAGGGAGAACAUGAUCGGCCUGCUGUCCCGGGUGGGCGCCUACUUCUGGCGGAGAGCAGACACCUUGGAUGAGGUGCAGGAUGUUGGGGAGUCCUCAAUGGUUAGGUAUAUGGAUGGAGUGGUUACUCGAUUUUGCAACGAUUAUGGUAUGAUUAAUGACCAGGUUUACUUUACAAAUGAUGUUGUGGUUGGCCGGGAGCCAUUGGGCGUUGGACAGAAGGUUCAUGUUGCAUUUGAAGAAGAUGAAACCUCAGGAGGAUGGAGAGCAGUCAGGGUUCAAAUCCUUUCAAACCAAUGGGAAAGCAACACUCAAGAUGAUCUUGAUACUUUUGACCAGAGCGUAAAAGUUUUAAUUGGCACUGUGACGUUUUGCAAUAAAGAUGGUGGCGAAAUCAACAAAACAACUUGUUUUUCCAUGGGUGAUGUAUGUGAAGGAUACGAGCCAUACCAAGGAGAUUGGGUAAGAGCAGAGUAUAUUAUAAAUCCAACAACAUGGAGUAGCGAGGCAUGUGCAGUAAAACCAGUUCGGUGUAAACGAGUAGAUCAGGUCAUAAUUACAGCCUUCUAUGGGAGAAGUGGUGUUCUUGAUGAACAUAUAUAUUUCACAAUGGAUUCCAUACGGCUUCCUCAGGGUUACCAUCCUAAACGCGGAGAUGUAGUGAACGCCGUCGUCAUAGAGAGUAGCCAGUCGUGCUACAUUUGGAGGGCGUUAUGCAUCGCACCGGUUAACAAAGAUAGUUUAUCUACAUCCAAAGAAGUGGAUGCCCAGAAUCAGUACUCUGCUGCUUUGAUGACGAACAAAGGCGGUUUGGAGAUUUCUCGGAUGACUAACUUCGGAGUCAUUAAACAGGGCCAGAGCAAAACCAUAAGCAUUCACCUUGCGAAUAAAGGGACGGAAGACCAACGCUUGCUCUCGUGCAACGUAGCAGGUUGGGAAAAGGAAAACCACUUCAGGUUUGAAAUGUGCGACCCAAAAUCUGGCUGUUUGGAGGACGUCUCAUCCAUCUCAUCACCUGGCACUUCUCUGCCUCCAAAUUCACAGGUGUUAUCUGGCAGUAAUUCCAAUCCCAAAGCGAAGAUGAAUAAUCCUACACCUAUUACUAAUGGCAUAAGGUCUAAGCAUUGGCACAUGGAUUACAAUGUCACUUCUGUAACUCCACACUUGGUUGGCCAAUACUGUAAUUACAUUAACAGAUCUAAUAGUGCGCUUUCAAAUAUUUUGGGUAAGUCGAUGCAUAAACACAAUGAGUCUUCUGUUCAGGAUCACCCAUUGGGUCUUAACAACUCAGGGUUGCGUGAUGACCAGUCAUCUACAGAAAGUGGAGACAGUGACUUGGAAAUAGAAAAUAUAAAGCCUACACAGAAACCAAAAUCUUGUGAGUCAAUGGUGAUUCCUCCGGGAGAAGAGAGAUUUAUUACAAUCAUCUGUGAGGGACGAAAUCCAGGUCGCUGCAAGGAGUUGGUGUUUUUCUUUUUCACCGACUUUGUGAUUGGACGUUAUCUUGAAGCAGUAAUUGAAAGUGAAGAAGAAGUCUUAAUUUGCACCCCAAAGGCUUCUGCUCCCAAACAGACACUGUCCGCGUCAGAGACCAUGCCAAACAGGACCAUUCUGUCUGCUCCACCGAGAAAAUCCAGGAGACAACUUCCGAGUUUUAUCCCAUUAUAUUCCAUACCAAACAGACUUCGCAGGUGUGUGGAACAGAACAUGGAUGUGUUGGCAUUGGAGCCUUGUCUCGGAGAAAUCAUUUGUCUUUCUAAUCAUCACAAAAAGUUGUCGACUUUGCUUUGGUUGGAGGAUAUUCAUUUGGAGAUGGAAAUUAAAGAAUUCAGCCUUAGCGGAGUUUGUCUUCAGAAACGUGGUGGGUACCUGGUGUUGGAUGUCCCAGGUCUGGCGGAGGGCAGGCCCUCGUUAUUUCCAGGGGACAAGAUUAUGUUAAAAUAUCAAGCAUACUCUACACAAAUGACGGAAUUUCCUGGUACAGUUGUUGAAAUACAUGAUGAGGAAGUCACAAUUCGGGUUAACUCGGAGUUUGAAAGGUCAUACAAAUUUGAACCAAUGGAUGUAGAAUUUACGUUGAAUAGGACCACAAGCAGAAGGUGUCAUUUUGCGGUUGAGCAAGGAGAACACCUUGGUCAAAGAGUAUUGUUCCCAGAGACGCUAGUAUUGCAGUUUCCACAAGUUGUCACGAUGGAGAGCAAGAAACAGGAUUGUGCGAACAAUAGAGAACAGACACUCACCCAGCAGGAAAAUCAGGUUGACGCACAGAACAUAUCGUAUGCUAAUAAUUUACCACGAGAGAGAAACUCUGUAACCAUGAGUGAUAUGGUGACUGUGGCUACCCAGACUAACAGAAAUGGGAAGGGGACGCCAGUGAAGAAGAGGAAUGAGUUUUUCAAUAAUGUGUUGAAUGAAAACCAAAAACUGGCAGUGAGAAGGAUCCUCAGCGGGGAAUGCCGGCCAACUCCAUAUAUUCUCUUUGGGCCCCCAGGAACAGGGAAAACUGUCACCAUUAUAGAAGCCAUUUUACAGAUAUACUAUUCCUUAUCGGACAGUCGUAUUUUGGUCUGUGCGCCUUCAAACAGCGCCUCUGAUUUGGUAUGUUUACGGCUUCAUGAGACUGGGAAACUUGAACCUGGAUCAAUGGUGAGAGUUAAUGCUUCAAGUCGACAAGAAGAGAGCAUCCCUGAGUUGAUUAAACCAUACUGUGGAUCUGGGGAAGAUAUUCGCAAGGCCUCUCGGUUUCGAAUUAUAAUUUCCACUUGCAGCAGUGCCGGCAUGUUUUACCAAAUAGGAUUACGGAUUGGCCAUUUCACACAUGUGUUUGUGGAUGAAGCUGGACAAGCCAGUGAACCAGAAUGUCUCAUACCUCUGGGGCUAAUCUCAGAAGUCAGUGGGCAAAUUGUCCUUGCAGGUGAUCCUAUGCAGCUUGGGCCCAUAAUAAAGUCCAGAGUUGCAUUGGUCUAUGGCCUCGGUGUGUCCUUCUUGGAGAGGCUAAUGUCUCUCCCAUUGUAUUCAAGAGAUGAAGAUACGUAUGGGGCUUGUGGGAACUACAAUCCAUUGCUGAUCACAAAGCUGGUGAAGAAUUAUAGAUCCCACGCUGCCUUGCUCCACCUGCCCUCCAAACUCUUCUACCACAAGGAACUGGAAGUCUGUGCUGAUCCCAAUGUAGUCAACAGGCUCACGAGGUGGGACAAGCUGCCUAACAAAGGUUUCCCUUUGAUUUUCCACGGUGUGAGAGGGGUUGAAAUGCGUGAAGGGAACAAUCCAUCUUGGUUCAAUCCCUCGGAAGCCGUUCAAGUCAUGCGAUACUGCUGCAUUCUCGCGAAACACAUCACUACAUCAGUGUCCCCUAAAGAGAUUGGUGUAAUCACACCAUAUCGGAAACAGGGUGAGAAAAUUAGAACACUGCUUCGAGCAGCAGAACUUUGGGACAUAAAAGUUGGAUCUGUUGAAGAGUUCCAGGGGCAGGAAUUCCUGGUGAUUAUUAUAUCCAUGGUGCGAUCAUGUGAAGAUUCUCUUUAUACAGAUUCAAGAUAUUUAUUGGGAUUUUUGUCAAAUCCUAAACGAUUUAACGUUGCAACAACCAGACCAAAGGCGCUACUUAUUGUACUGGGAAACCCCCACAUCCUUGUCAGGGAUCCAUGUAUAUGUGCUUUGCUUGAAUACAGCCUAAAAAAUGGAGCCUACACUGGCUGCAACCUUCCUCACGGCCUUGACUCUCUUCAACAGUGCGAUUAGUCUGAGCUCCUAACAACCUGGUUAAAGCUUUGUACUGAGACCGAAGCAGUCAAUACAAACUAAGAGAUGAUACCAGCUCUUCGCAUGCUGUAAGGGGAAGGGGUUUCCCUUAAAACUGGGCAUGUUUUUUUUUCUUUUACUUAUUCACAAGUUUAU